AUGGUUCAGAGCGCGUCAAGCUCCUUUAACUUCUUUGCCAACCUUGUCUCGGACAAGUUCAGUUCGCGCAGUGACUUUGGGAUAACAACAGUUGAGGUUGAGGACGGUGGGGAGGUUACCACAAUUCGCCGCAGCCAGGAACAGAUUCUCAACAUCAUCAAGUACGCUACCAUGGAAGUCCUCGUUUGUGCAGAGGAAAUCAUCCGGAAAUAUCGUCGCUCAGUUCUGGAGUACGCCAUCUACCAUAGGGAGCACGGCAAGCACGACACCUUCAAGCAGUACAUCCACCUGGUGGCGUGCCACUGCCUCACUCACACCAACUUCCUCGCUCCCAAUGUCGACUAUCCACAAGUUAGCUUCUACCACGACGAGCAGCCCUUCAGGCUCGACGCGUUAACUGGCAUCGUGGAUGAUCGGGAGGUGGAGGAGGAGGGCAUCUGA